CUUUGGAACAUUUAAAUUUGGGAGGUUUAGAUCUUAGCAAAGUUACUAAUUCUUGGCUUCAAACAAUAAAUGAUCAUCUUUUUUCUCUCUUGGAGUUGCAUUUGCCUCAAUGUCACCUUCUAAACCUUCCAUCUUCUCUUCCAUCUCUAAAUCUUACUUCCCUUUUGGUACUUGAUCUUUCCAACAAUGCUUUCAACUCAAGUAUUUUCCCUCUAUGGAUGUUCAAACUUAGUAACCUCGUGCAUCUUGACUUAAACUCCAACAAUAUUAAUAGUGAAUUGCCUGAUGAGUUUGCAAAGCUCACUUCCCUUGAAUACCUUGAUCUAUCUUCCAACUAUGGUUUCAAUGGGACACUCAAGAGAAGCUUGGGAAAACUAUGCAAUUUGAAGACUUUGAUCCUCAAUGACAACCGUAUCAGUGGAAACAUUACUGAUUUCAUCGAUGCUUUAUCAGAAUGCCAAAGCAACAACUUGGAGACAUUGGAAUUGAGUCACAAUGCAUUGACUGGCAAUCUUCCUACUACAUUAGGCCACUUGACUAAGUUAAAAGAUCUUCAACUGAGGUACAACUCGUUGACAGGAACAAUACCUGAAACUAUAGGGAACUUAUCAUCCUUGGAGACACUCUACCUCACAUCAAACAAAAUGAGUGGGAACCUCACCCCUAAUAUCGGGCAGCUCACGUCGAUGGUCUUAUUGGACAUCUCUGAGAAUAUGUGGGAAGGUAUUGUCACAGAAGCCCAUUUACUUAAUCUUUCUAACUUGCAAGAAUUUUCAGUUGGUGUGAAACUUGGUAAGAAUAUUACCUUGGCAUUCAACAUCAACCCAAGUUGGACUCCUCCAUUCAAGCUGACAUUAUUGACCAUUCAGUCAUGCCGAUUAGGCCCCAAAUUCCCACAUUGGCUGAAGCAUCAGAACGAGCUUACUAGUAUAAUAUUUAAUACUGCUUGGAUUUCAGAUGCUGUGCCAGAUUGGUUUGUAGAGUUGGAUUUGAAGCUUGAUAAUCUUGACAUGGCUUAUAAUAGCUUGACAGGGCAAGUUCCCAACAAAUUUCAGUUCAACAUUCAAGCCAAUGUGGAUUUAAGCACCAAUCGUUUCGAGGGACCUCUCCCAUUAUGGUCUUCUAAUGUUACAACAUUGUAUCUGAGGGAUAACUUGUUUUCAGGACCUAUUCCUCUCAAUAUAUGUGGAGUACUUCGUGAUUUAACAGACUUGGACAUCUCCAAGAACAAGCUAAAUGGCAUCAUUCCCUUAUGCAUAGGUGAUAUGACUCAGUUGUUUACUUUAGUCCUCAAUAAUAACCGACUUAUCGGACAGUUUCCUGAAUUCUGGGGUAAGCUACCAUAUCUUUAUUUGAUAGAUAUGUCAGAGAACCGUUUAUCCGGCAAAAUUCCAGGCUCACUAGGUUCUCUCUCUUAUCUAAUGUUCUUAAGACUCUCAGGCAACAAUCUCUCUGGAGAACUGCCUUCGAGUUUGAGAAAUUGCAUGCGAAUGAUUAGCAUUGAUCUUAGUAACAAUCGGUUGUCAGGGCUAAUACCAAAUUGGCUGGGGAAACAAUGAGAUCACUGUCAAUCCUCAGUGUAAGGAAUAAUAGGUUUUCUGGCCCCAUUCCUUUAAAAAUAUGUACCCUUUCAGGUCUUCACAUACUGGACCUUUCAGGAAACAACUUAUCUGGUUCUAUCCCAUCCUGUUUUGGCAAUCUGGAAGCCUUCAAGGUUGAGCUAACUAAGGCAGAAGUUGCACCAUAUGAAGGGAAACUGAACGUGGUGGCAAAAGGAAGAAUACUUUAUUAUUAUAAUACCCUUUACCUAGUAAAUAGUAUCGAUCUCUCGAGCAACAGUUUAUCUGGAGAAAUCCCAGUAGAGAUAACAAGCUUACACAAACUUUGGACCUUGAACUUGUCCAGGAACCAUUUGACAGGAAAUAUACCGAUAGAUAUUGGAAAGUUAGGAUGGGUUGAAACCUUAGAUCUUUCAAUAAAUCGGUUGUCGUGUCCUAUCCCACCAAGCAUAGCUACUUUAG